AUGAUAAUAACCUUGGAACUUCCUUUCGAAAGGCAUUCGAGAAGAGACGCCGUCAAGUCAGUCAAUCUGGACUUUGACGCCCGCGUCCCCAUCCCCUUCAGUGUCUUCCCGUCGUCGUACCGGAGUGACGCUGUCUCUGAAACUACUCAGACGAGAGUAGAGGGAGAAGUUCAACUCGAUCGCACUUCGCACGUCGAACGGGAAGAUACUCGGGUUCCUACCUCUCUCCCUGAACCUCGUGUUUACGGAAAGGAAGAAUUCGACAUCCGUGUCCAGGACGAUCGUGCUCAACCGCGUCGAUACGACUCUCGCAAUUACGCUGCUGAGGUUGACUUGACUCGUGAAAGUUACCCCAACUACAACCAGCAAUCUUCUACUCGCUUUGAGGAACGUCCCCAGAUCUACGAUCAGCCCGUUGUCGAGACCCAACUCGACAUCACUGAGAGAGACUACCGUCGCCGUACCUCUCCCACCUACGACGUCAACGCCUCUUCACAGAGCCGUUACCCCGUAGAACCCUUCCAGUACCAGCAGUCCGGUAACACUACCGACUACUCGUACGACCGCGCCUACCAGGGUCAGCCUGCCGGUGUUUACCAAGGAGAAGACUAUACUCGUCGUGAGAUUGAGGUUGAGAGACCCGCUCGCUACAACAGCGCUCCUGUCGACGUCAAGUACUCCGAGACUACCGUCCGUGACGUACCUGCCCAAGCUCCUCUAGCUUCUGCUCCCUAUUCCCAAGCUCCCCAAGCUCCCAAGUCCACUCGCAAGAUGGGUUACUACGACGACGAGGGUCAGUACCACUCCUUCCGCCGCGGCGUGGAGCGUGCUGCCGACCGUAUCCUCCACCCCUUCCACGACCGUGACGAUGUUGUCCAGUCCGGUGCCUCUUACGAGGGUGCUCCCCGUGAGACUGUUCGUGUCAUUGAGCCCCGUAACCGCGGCACUCCCGGCGAGACUGUCUCCAUUCCCUGCCACUUCGUCCGCAUCGGCGACAUCCUGAUCCUCCAGGGCCGCCCUUGCCAGGUCAUCCGUAUCUCGGUCUCUUCCCAGACCGGCCAGCACCGUUACCUCGGUGUCGACCUGUUCACCCGCCAACUGCAGGAGGAGUCCAGCUUCGUCUCCAACCCCUCUCCUUCCGUCGUUGUCCAGACCAUGCUGGGUCCCGUCUUCAAGACCUACCGCAUCCUCGACGUCAACGGUGACUCUUCCCUCACCGCUAUGACUGAGUCUGGCGACAUCAAGCAGGCUCUCCCCGUCAUUACACAGGGUGGUCUGUUCAAGCGCAUCAGCGAUGCCUUCGCCAACGGCCGUGGUUCUGUCCGUGCCCUCGUCAUCAACGACGGUGGCCGUGAGCUCGUCGUCGACUACAAGGUUAUCCACGGCUCCCGUCUGUAA